AGCGAUCAUCGUUGGCAGACUCAGCGUGUUCUUGAUCUAAGAAGCGUUUGUGGACACAAACGAUUUGGAGCUACCACAUGUGUGAUGGGAUGUCAGCCUUCCGUGGGCUCCUUCUUCUUCUUCUUCUGUCAGGUUUCGUGGCUUUCCACGAGCUUGAAGCGUUGAAGAUUACUCGACUGUCCGUUCCCCGAUGGAUAGAAAAUGGAACCUUAGAGUCUGUCACUUUGGACUGUGAAUACAGUCUCACGGAUAAAGACAACCGCCUUGUUGUCAAAUGGUUUUUUAACGAUGAUCCCAAACCCAUAUACCAGUGGAUUCCAGAACUUGGUUCCCGGCUGGUUUCAGAAAAGCUACAAGGACGUAUUGACAUGAACUUCUCCGUCACUCCAUCCAGCAAGUUCACUGAAUUCAGAAAUCUCCGAAUCCUGAAACCGACGUCCCAGCUUAGUGGCAAGUACUCCUGUCAUGUAGCAUCUUUCAAUGGAAUUGACACAGCAGAAGGAGAAAUGACCGUUUACGCUCCAGCUAAACUUCUUCGCUUCAAUUACACCAAAACGAAGUCCGACCGAGCUAAGUUUAGUUGUGAAGUGGGUCAUGUUUACCCAGUGCCAGACAUCAGCGUAUAUAAAAUAUCACCAGGGGAAAGCGAACCCACCAUCAUAACAGACGGAGUAGCAAAAGUUUCUGAUCAAGACGACAGUUAUAGAGUACUAGUAACUUAUGAGGUAAAAGACAGUGAGCUUAAACCAGAUGGCGCCACACGGUUUGAGUGUCUUAUCCUCUUUCCCGGAACAGACUAUAAGAGAUAUAGCAGCAUAACCUAUUAUCCAGGUGGCGCUGCACGAACCGUAGCAAAUGUUCAGUAUUUUGGAGAUCAGUCACCAAGUGGCAGCCAGAGCAUUUCAACCUACUUAGGCAUGAUCUUUUUAAACGUGGCACUCGUUUUUGGGGGGACGAAUAGGUUACUUUUGGGGCAAUUCUAACCUGCCAAUUUUGUAGAGUUCCCAAUGUUAUCUUCUAAUAAGAUUAUUAGUACCAUGCUUUAUUCUGUCACCAAAGCCAUGAAUCUCAUCCUGGACUAGGGACCACAUAUAAGUCCUGGUACUACGUUGGGUAAAGCUGAUAAUCAGACGUCUCAGACACGAAACGAUUAAGAAAUUUAUCAUCCAUCGCAUUCUUUGUAUUUUCUUUGAGAACCGAGCAGAAAAAGCGGCAAUUCUGUCGUUAGAAAAUCAACUAUUUUGUACUAAACACGUACAAGGUGUCGUAUGGAAAUGGAUCGAGAAAUUGGUACUUCGUUUUAUCAUUUGUUCAAGAAAGUUUGACUAAAAUACUGGAACUUUGCGCGUAGUUUUGAAACUCCAUGAGAAGCUAUUAUAUUUCAUUUAUAAUUCUAAAAGUUUAAAAUUAUCUCAGUAUAUUGUCUUAUCAACCAUCAACCGAGAAAAUGAAAUAACAAGCCUUUGGUGUCUUCUAAUUCGCUUGGUAUUGCAUUGUUUUAUUAGUAUUCCAUAGUCUUGUUGUGCAUGUCUUGUUACGCUAAUAUAUUAAUAAUAAUAAUAAGUUGACAAACAACGAUUAUAAGCAAAAUGAAGUGGUUUAUAUUUCUGUUAACUUGUCCCCCACCCCAAAAAAAAGCCCCUUUAUUAUGUUUGUAACUGUUGUUUGUCAAUUUCGUAUAAUUCCAUAGUCUUAGCAUGUUUCGAGUCGUACGUUAUAUUCUCAAGAGUCUUGGCUAAAGUUAUAAUAUAGAAUUCAUCUUUGCUACUAAAGACUGAUGCACAAACUUGUGGUUAAUGUUCAUGCUUUCUUUCUCAUGUCUCUCACAAGUAAGUUUAGAAAAGUGAGAAUCUGUGUACAACUUUCUACAGAGAAUUUCAUGGCUGAUUGGUAUUGGUUUCGUAUUGCUUUAGCAUUUUAAAUAUUGCUCAUAAUUACUAUGUUUAUUGAGAUUUGUGACUAAUUCUCUUUCAGUACAUAAUAUGAACAUUUAUUAAGUUGUAUAGUUUACAUGUGAAAAUCGGGCUUUGAAAUUUAAAUAUAUAAACGACACAGAUACUUGAAAUCUAUCUUUUUAAAACAAACUUACACAUCCACCUACUAAUAUGUAACAGACACCCCCAGAGAAUACAAAUCAACCGUCUCCAUGACGUCAUAUGCAAACAAACCGCAUGUAUAACUUGGUACAGACCACAGAAUAUAAAAAGGUUAUACCACAAAGUUUCGCGGGAAAUAAUCGUUAUUUUCACAAGAUCGAUUAGUUGGACGAUGAGAGAGCGAUCAAAGUCAGCGAGAAAUAGCCAGGUCACUUACCGUUGUCCACAGUGAAUAGGGUGACAACGCCAUUCUGAUCACGUUAGGAAACAACAGUUCCUGCAUGAUCUAAACGCCCAGAGCAAAUUAACUAAUC